AUGGAUGCUCGAGAAGAGAACCCCCUCAAUGCGACGCCGGAGACGAGCAGAGUGGUCAUAUCGAAUUAUGUCUGCAUGGGAGUCACCCUGAUAGUGCUGGUCACACGAGUUGUCUUCACCAACCUGAGAUGGAAAAGGAAGUUUGGCCUCGAUGAUGUUCUGCUGUACUUGGCACUGCUGGCCGCCAUUAUUGAGAGCGCCUUGACCGAGCACGCUGUGCGUAGAGGAAUGGGAACAUACAUCAGGCCAGGAAAUGCUUCUAAACUCAAAUGGUUGUCACAGCUUGUCUAUGCCUCCGACCUCAUCUUUCUCGUCGCCAUGAUCCUUGCCAAAUUUUCGCUGGUCCGUCUUGUUUAUCGAAUCGCUAGCAGAGCCGCCAUCGCAAAGGGCAAAUUGAUGGUUUUGCAAAUCCUCAUCGCUGUAUGGGGAACAUUUGCUCUUCCAGCCAUCGCCUUUCAGUGCGGCGGAUCCCUACCUUGGCUUUACAUUCCUGAUCGAUGCACAGCUUCAGGAUCCUUAUGGUAUCCAACUCUGAUCCUCAGCAUCCUCCUCGAUGCCUGGCUUGCAGUUUGCGUCUGGACAGCCUUGCCAGACAUGCAAAUCACCGCUAAACAGCGCCAAACUAUCCUCGGCCUCUUCGGGUCUCGCUUCAUCACCUGUGUUCUUGGAAUCGUACAGAUCGCCCUUCUGGCACCAGCGCUCAAGGACAUCAACCAGCCACGAGCCAUGCCUAAUCCAACAGUUCUGAAACAAUUUGUCAUGAAUGCCUCCAUCCUAAGCGCUGCCGUGCCAGUCUUGUACAAAGUUCUAGCAACUUACACCCCGGCAGUUCAAGCAGUCGUGUACAACGGCAACGAGCGAGAUACGAACACACCACUCGAGGAAAUCAAGAGAUCGACCUCGAUAGCACUACCUAACCCCAAGAAAUUCGACGGCUUCGUAAAAGAGACAGAAGUCGAAAGCACACCACGAACCGAAAAGGACAACUUCAGCUCAAGCGCAUUUGACAAGGAAAUCAGCGCCAUUUCGUCCAGGAUAUAA